ACAUUCCGCUAAGUACGUUACGUUUACUUGAUGAAUCAUCGAUGACUGGAGUUGACCAUGGAAAUCGUUUCCAUCCUGGUUCUAUGUAUGCAAUUGUUGGUUUUCGAAAAUUUGGUGGAGAAGUUCUACCGGGGAAAAUGUUUGAGAUAUAA